CUUCUGUAGCUCGGCUCACUAGUGAUUGAGUCGAUUAAAGUUUGCAGUUUUGCUUUGCUUCCUUCCGUUCUCCGCAUUUUCCUUGUGCGUUUUUUCUUUAACUUCAAUGUGCGUCAGUUCGUUCUUGCAUGUCUGCUGUCUGCUACGGAUCAGCUCUAGAUCAUCAAACUGUGCUAGUCAAUUCCAGAUAGAGAGAGUAGGAGUAGGUAUAUCGCUACAGAGUGCAGGCAUACAGGUUGGUGUGGCAGCUAGCUGAGUCUAGCCUGAAACCCUAGCUAGUUCAUCGAGGAUUCUGAAUUCCUGGUCCGUCCCAGCUCCGUCGCCCCGGCCGGCCAAGAAUAGAUGAAGCGACUGAUCCGACCAGCUCUUUGCUCCUUGCAUUAUUCGUCCUUUUUAUUAUACGUAUAGUAUAACCAUAGCCAAAUCGUUUCACUAUCCAACCAGGCAUGCGUCGUGCAGAUCUGGUCGAGCUCGUGUUCGCGCUUCGCGGAGAUCGUCAGGUGACCGAGCGAGCCAUGGAGGUAGCCGGCGUCGUCGCGUCCGCGGCCGACAGCCCUGGCGCCGCGGCGGCGCGGCCGAGCCGGUACGAGUCGCAGAAGCGGCGGGACUGGCACACGUUCGGGCAGUACCUGCGCAACCACCGGCCGCCGCUGGAGCUGGCCCGGUGCAGCGGCGCGCACGUGCUGGAGUUCCUGCGCUACCUGGACCAGUUCGGCAAGACCAAGGUGCACGCGGCGCGGUGCCCCUUCUUCGGCCACCCGUCCCCGCCGGCGCCCUGCCCGUGCCCGCUCAAGCAGGCGUGGGGCAGCCUGGACGCGCUCGUCGGCCGCCUGCGCGCCGCGUUCGAGGAGCACGGGGGCCGGCCCGAGGCCAACCCCUUCGGCGCGCGCGCCGUCAGGCUUUACCUCCGCGAGGUCCGCGACAGCCAGGCCAAGGCGCGCGGCAUCGCCUACGAGAAGAAGCGCCGCAAGCGCCACCCGCCGGCGCACCGCCAGCCCAAGCAGCAGCAGCAGCAGGACGGCCAGCACCAGCACCCGUCGCACGCCGCGCCGGGCACGGUGGCCGAGCCGCCGGCGCCGCACUUCUUGAUCCCGCACGCGCACUUCCUCCAUGGCCAUUUCCUGGCGCCGGCGACCGAGCCCAUCGACCCGGCCGCGGGCGGAGGUGGCGGCACUGGGGAUGAUAUUGCGCUGGCAAUGGCAGCCGCCGCCGAGGCGCACGCGGCCGGGUUCUUGAUGCCGCUGUCCGUGUUCAACUAGCUAGCUUGCUUGCUUGCACCAGUACUUCUUCCACCGUUCCAUCGGCUUAAUUAGCAGAAAUGCAAGAGUGAUUAGGCACGUAAGUAAACUUGCAGGUUCUGCUAAUGGCGACCGAUUUGGUCUCGGCGUGCGCGCGCGAUCUAAGUAUGAGAUGACACUGGCUGUGUGCCCCAUCAUCAACCGCUGCUACUGCCUGUCUGCCUGCC